UCUAGAGAUCAAUUAAAUAAGGUAAAAACAAUGAGUUUGAAGAAAAAGUUGAAACAUUAGUCAAAAUAUUCUGAAGAAGAGCUUCUUUUGAAGUAUUUUAGCUAACCCUCAGUUGGUUGUUUCUAAAAAUGAACAAGUUCGAAGCUCUUAAGUUUGACGAUUCAAAUAAUGGCGAUAGUACUGAUGACAAGGAGGACGACGAAUUCGAACCAAGAAACAUGAAGACCAGGAGUGAUGAAAGCAUCAAUGGAGAAGGGAUUAGCGAGGAGGAAGAGAGAAGAAUUAAAUUGCAAGCUGAGCUUGAGAACAAAAUUGUGACUGUUGGUGACGGAGAGCAUCCCCUGCAGUGUCCUCAUGCUUUUUGGUUUUCACGAAGAGCACCAGGAAAACUUCAGUCUUCUGCUAAUUAUGCUGACAAUAUAAAGUUGGUUGGAAAGUUUGCAUCUGUUGAACAGUUUUGGAGAUUUUAUAGCUACUUAGUAAGGCCUGGGGAUUUAUCUGGUCAUAGUGAUAUUCACCUUUUUAAGGAUGGCAUUAAACCAAUGUGGGAGGAUGAAGCUAACAAAUAUGGAGGAAAGUGGAUAGUUAGACUGAGGAAAGGACUAGCUUCAAGAUGCUGGGAGAAUCUUAUUCUGGCUAUGCUUGGGGAGCAGUUUAUGGUUGGAAGUGAAGUUUGUGGAGCAGUGAUAUCUGUACGAUUUCAGGAAGAUAUAAUCUCAAUAUGGAACCGAAAUGCAGCUGAUCAAGCUACAACUACUCGUAUAAGGGACACACUCAAGAGGGUUUUGAAUCUGCCACAAAACACAAUCAUGGAGUACAAGGCCCAUCAAAGCAGUUUGAAGGAUAACUCAAGUUUUAGAAAUACAGAUGUCUUUAUGAGAUGAAUUUCUACAGCCUACAUGUUUGAAAAAUAAAAUAUUCCUUGAUGAAUUGCAAA